AUGAACAAAAAUCAAUCAAAGAAAAUUUUAUGUAUAUCACAAAUUGUUAUGAGUUUAUUAUUCUUAUUAAUUGGACUUAUUACUUCUAUUAAAUAUAUGAAACAAGACUUUAUUGGAAUAAGACUUAUUUCUGUUGGAUUUUCAUUUAUUAUUACUGGAAUUAUUGGAGUAAUUUCUGGAUAUUUUAUGAGUGACACUUAUCCAAAGAAAUUUUCUAUUUUGUUAGAAUGUUUCACAGUAUUAUUUACUAUUGUCUUAAUAAUUACUUCUAUUAGAUUAAUUUAUAAUGUAAAAAAAGUUAAUGACCAAUCUCUUCAAUUACAUUCAGUUGAACUUAAUUUCAAAUGUUGUGGGUGGAAUCAUUAUUAUGACUGUAAUGUUACAACACCUAGAGGAAGAAAUUGUUAUAAAGCAGUUGGAAUUGGUUUGAAGUCAUUAGGUUAUAUGUCAAUUAUUUUCUUAUUACUUAUAUUAUUCAUCGAGUCUCUUCUAUUUUGUCUUUAUUGGAUAACAAAAAGCAAUAAGACUCAUUUAGAAGACCAAGAAACAGACCCACUUCUUCCUAAUGAAGACGAUUUAGCACCAUUCUGA